AUGCUCAGAGCCAGAAGAGCGGCCCGACAAGGAGCUCCUGCACAAGACCCUCGAUACGCACAAUCGGGUGGCCGAUCUCGAUACCGUGAACGAAGGCAGGGUUAUCCUCCCGAACAGUACAGCCCAGGGCAAGACCAGUACGGACAUCCCCAGCAGCAACAACACAGCCAAACUCAGCAGCAUGGCGCGCCACAGCCGCAGUGGCCGGAAGAACUAUACAAUCCCAGGCAAAUGUACGGCCCGCCGCAGCAGUAUGUGGGACAGCAGCCACCUACACUUCCGCCGAGCGAACUCUACGCUCCCAACGAAUUAGAAGCCCAGUAUGCGAGACAGCAACCGCCGAGUGAACUCUACGCUGGCAACGAAUUAGAAGCCCACCAUGCGAGACAGCAACCGCCGAGUGAACUCUACGCUGGCAACGAAUUAGAAGCCCAAAGAUUCAACGGCGAGAACAUGAGCCCAUUCGCUCGCGUCCGCGUACCAGAGCUAGAGCACCAAAUCUCGUCCGAUGAACUUAUCGUUUUCAUCGAUGAACUAAACGAAGCGUUCCUAGCGAACCCAGCCCUUCAAGCCGCCAACAACGCCGCCAAUGUCGGCGGCAUGGCCCCCUCUAUGAUUGUGCAGAUGGUCAGUAUGGGUGUCAACGUGGUAGCUGGGGUCGGCUCAUCAGUUACAACCAAGGUGCACACGAAAAAGUACCUAGCUAAGGCGAACGAGGAGCUCUUCCAUCCCAAGGGCUUGCAUGUCCAGAUGUGCAAGACAGAUAAGAUGCUUGAAUAUGUUGGCUUGGGUGGUCAAGAAAAUGUCUUCGUUCGUCAGCAGUACCAGGAUGCGUCUGAAAGUAACAACCACCCUAUUAUGCAGCGCAUGAGUUUGUUGGGAAAUCGAGUUAUGUCACUUUCCUUCAAUAAUGUUAAGGAACCAACAAUGCCUGAUGGAUUUUGGAAGAAAUGGGGUGCAAAAGAAGCUAGUAAGGUCGAACAGAAGCAGAAUGAGAAGAUGAUAAAAGAUCAGGCUAGGCAAGAUCGGAGGUCAGGGAGGAGAGGAGGUCGGGGGACUUCUAGGAGACAGGAGAGGCAAGAAAAGAAGAAGACGAAGGAGGCUAAUAAGAUUUUGUGGAUUGUAAUUGCCGCAAAGGAGGAAAGUGCUGGAGGGGAUGACGAGUGGGAUUCGGAAUCGGAGAGUUCGAGGAGUCACACUUGA